UCAAGAGAGGCAGUCAUUGUGUUACUGGAUACAAAUUACUGAGGAUAACUUCAGCUCUGGUGUAAGGAACUCAAAGAUGCCUGGUGAAGUUCUCUCUCAGCUUGGGAAUAACAGCAAUGCUUCUGACCUUUGCCUGGCAGAGAGUCAGCAUGUGUCCAUCACCAUCCUGCUCUGCCUGGUCUUCUUUAUUGGCUUCCUCCUGAACACCUUCAGCCUGUGGGUGUUCUGCUGCCGGUUGCCCUGCUGGACGUCUGGAACCACGCUGCAGUUCCACCUGGCCCUCAGCGAUGCCAUCGCCACACCAGUCACUCCCAUGAUGGCAGUUUACUUUGCUAUGGGUAACAACUGGCCAUUCGGUCAGUUCCUGUGUCAACUCAAGAUUGCCCUGCUGAGUUCACAUUUCUAUGGCAGCACCAUUUUCCUCACUCUCAUCAGCAUUCAUCGGUAUGUGGCUGUUGUUCACUUCAACAGGAGCUCUUGUAUAAAACGGAAGGAGUUUGUCAGGAAGCUCUGCGCUGGAGUUUGGUCUCUGCUACUGAUCCAGGCUCUGAUCUUUGCUUUUACUCUUCCUACCACCACAGAAGGGAAAAACAAACAAUGUCUCUCCAUUCAUCAGACCAAACUGACAGAAUCCUACUUUGUCAUUAACUUUAUCCUGUUUAUCUUCGGGUUUUUACUCCCUUUCUUUGUGUCUGCUGCAUGCUAUAGCCGUCUAGCAAACACCUUAACUCGCUUAAACAUUAGCACAGCUAAAGGUCUGAAAGUGAAGGUGAAAUCUCAGAGGAUGAUAGGGGUGUGUCUGGUUAUAUUCGCUUUGUGCUUCCUGCCUCUGAAUGUGGUACGGACUGUAGGAGUCAUAUUAAAAAAAUACUACCCGCAACAAUGCCAUCUUCUCCUUCAGUUUGAGACAGCAUAUUACGCAACCUGGAUUUUUGCGGGAGUAAACAGCUGCCUGGAUCCACUGUUGUACUACUUCGGUUCGCAAAACUUUCGAGAUACCUUCCAGUCUUUCAGGAAGGGGCAGGUAGACAUUCAGAACAGAAGUGAUUCAGAAAUGACUGGAAAUUUCUAACAUGUGGAUAUGACAUGGAUAUGACUGGUAUCUGAGUCUCAAGAUCCAGUGUUGGCGGAAGACUAUGUUUGAAAUUCCCAUUUAGAAACAACACAGAUGUUAUAUAGUUAGCUGGUUUACGGUGAAGAUCUCUCUACGUACCCAAAAUAUUAACAGAUAUCACACAGUACCCAUCUUUUAUCUAUUAUUUCACAACUAUCUUAUACACAAAACUAUUUUCUGUAUUUUUUCCUUUUCUAUAUAUAUUACUAAAUGGUGGUGGUAGUAAUCACCAUAUUUAUGAACUGCACUGGGGACCAGCGAGUGGGUGGGAUUGUUAAUAAACUUACAAACCAUACAGCAGACAUUCAUGAUUGCAUCCCACCAAACCAUGACAGUCUGUAUUAUAAGGGAUUCUGGAAUGAUCUCAUGUAUUCUAACAUUUUCAGUAUCACCUGUGCGUUUCCUGUUGUCACAUGCCAAACUGCCAGCAAGAAAACCAUGUCAUGUGUUGCCACACCACACUCCAAGUUUCACAUCCAGACUCCAGCCUGUGGUUAGACAAUAAAAGCACCUAGGUUAAGGUAAAGGAAAGACCAUGGUGUGAAACUAAAUGUUGGCUCUGAAGUCACUGUGUUCUCUGUGUAUUAAAGUAACUGUCUUAUAAUAAAAAACAACUCCAUAUCUUGGUUGUGCAAGUUUUAUAUUAUAGAAGACACAGA